CCGCUCGAGAAGAAGAAAGAGGAAGAAAGGUACCUCCUCGAUCUCCAAUGGAGAAGAUCUCCGUCGCCGUUCGCUUCCGGCCAUCCACCUCUGAUCCCUUGCCCUCUGAUCGGCAAUGGCAUCUAGAUGACAACCGCAUUUCCCUCCACCGCCCCCUUGGCACCCCGAAUCCCACCUCCUCUUCCCCCUCCUUCUCUUUCGACCACGUCUUCGACCAUUCCACUACUAAUUCCUCCGUUCACCAAGUCCUCACUAGCCCCAUCAUCCUCGCCGCCGUCGACGGCUUUAAUGGGACGGUGUUUGCUUACGGGCAGACGAGCAGCGGUAAAACAUAUACCAUGAAUGGGUCUGGUAGUGAUCCGGGGAUCAUUCAGCUUGCGGUUAGGGAUGUUUUUGAGAUGAUCCAGAUGGUUACAGAGCGAGAGUUCUUGAUUAGGGUUUCGUACAUGGAGAUUUAUAAUGAAGAGAUCAAUGAUUUGCUGGUUUUGGGUAACCAGAAGCUCCCCAUCCAUGAGAGCUUGGAGCGUGGAGUUUAUGUGGCAGGUCUCCGAGAGGAAAUUGUGAACAACACUGACCAAGUGCUGGAGUUAAUCAAGCUCGGGGAAACAAAUCGACAUUUUGGUGAAACAAACAUGAAUGCACGUAGUAGCAGGUCACACACAAUAUUUAGGAUGGUCAUUGAAAGCAGUGUCAAGAAUACCACAUCCUCGGGUGAUGUCUCAGAUACAGAUGCUAUCCGUGUCUCUGUCUUGAACCUGGUGGAUUUAGCUGGGUCAGAGCGUAUUGCCAAGACAGGGGCAGGAGGAGUUCGAUUGAAGGAAGGAAAACACAUUAACAAGAGCUUAAUGGUUCUUGGUAAUGUGAUAAAUAAGUUAAGCGAAGGAAAGCAAAGGGCGCACAUUCCAUAUCGAGAUAGUAAGCUGACUCGGAUACUUCAACCUGCUCUUGGUGGCAAUGCUAAAACCUCGAUAAUUUGUACUGUUGCUCCAGAGGAAGUUCACGUUGAGGAAACUAAAGGAACACUGCAAUUUGCUAGCAGAGCUAAGAGAAUUACAAACUGCGCUCAAGUGAAUGAGGUAUUAACUGAUGCUGCCCUGUUGAGAAGGCAAAAGCUUGAAAUAGAAGAGCUUCGCAAAAAACUUCAGGGAUCUCACUCUGAGGUACUUGAACAAGUGAUCUUGAAACAGCGUAAUGACAUGCUCAAGUCGGAAAUGGAGCGUGACAAACUGGCUACGCAACUUGAAGAAGAAAGAAAAGCUCGUGAAACACUAGAAAAUCAUAUAAAGGAGCAACAAAAGAAGAUCGAGAAUUUGAAUGAUCUUUCAUUCUCCUCAGGUCAAACUCAAAAUUCGUGUCAGGUUGAUUCAGGGGAGAUCUCCAAGCAUGUUUUUAAUGGAAACAAUGGCGUGCAACUUGAUGUCUUCAAAACUCCAAAUUUCAAAUCUAUGCCCAAUAAUUUUGUCAUGAAACGUUCAGUCUAUUCAAGUGCCAUUGAGUCAAGCCCUAUCCCAGAUAGUUUUGACAGCAUUGCUGAUGAAGAUAUGUGGCUGCGCUUAAACAAGGGUUUAACUACUGACCUUGACACACUUGAUAUGACCCCGUUCAGAAAUAAUCAGUUCUUGUCGCAAGAUGCAUCUCUUGAGCAUGCUUUAGAGGAAACCAGUACUGAAGAAACUAGUAGUCAAGAAGCUGACUGCAGCCUUCACAAACAAGAGCUUGAAGCUUCAAAGGAAAUAUGUGCCAAACUGGAAAAUGAAUGCAAACUUCUGAGAGAGCAAAAUGCUUCUCUUGUGCAAACUCUCUCCAUGUCCAAAGAAAAUGUUGAACUUCUCACUGCUGAAAAGGAAGAGUUGCUGAAGAAUCUAAACAUUGAAAAGCAGAAGCUGAAGGACCUCAAAGAUGAAAUUCGACAAUUCAGUCUUGCAUUUGCACAAAGGGAAGGCCUGCUCACCUCCCUCUACAGCAAAUCAAAAGCCAUGGUGGAAAAUCUCAAAAGCUGUAGAGCUCCUAUACCUGAGAUAUUAGAGUGUUGAAGCUCUAGUUAUUAUUCACCGGAAGGCUUUCCCACCUGUAUGUUGUUUAAUCAACUCUUCAAAAACACUACUGAAUUAAUCAGCAAUGUUGUGGUCAUCACUGAUGCAAACAAACAUUCAAAUUUUUAAAUUAAUUUCACUUUAUGCUUUCA